UGAGGUCGGGUGCCUGUCACACGGUCCCUGGGACCAAGGACAGACUACAGCCCCUCGGCACCCACAGAGGCUUCCCCUCAACCCUAGCCGAGGAGCCCCCAGCGGAGGGCAUGGGGGUGGGCCGCCCCACCAGCAGGUUGGGGGCGCCUGCCCCCCACUAGGCCAAGUGGAGGGGGUCCCUCCGUCCAAUGGGCCUGGCCAGGGCCCUACGCCGCCUCAGCGGCGCCUUGGAUUCGGGAGACAGCCGGGCGGGCGAUGAAGAGGAGGCCGGGCCCGGGUCGUGCCGCAACGGGUGGGUGCCGGCACCGGUGCAGUCACCCGUGGGCCGGCGCCGCGGUCGCUUCGUCAAGAAAGACGGGCACUGCAACGUGCGCUUCGUGAACCUGGGUGGCCAGGGCGCGCGCUACCUAAGUGACCUGUUCACCACGUGCGUGGACGUGCGCUGGCGCUGGAUGUGCCUGCUCUUCUCCUGCUCCUUCCUCGCCUCCUGGCUGCUCUUCGGCCUGGCCUUCUGGCUCAUUGCCUCGCUGCACGGCGACCUGGCCGCCCCGCCACCGCCCGCGCCCUGCUUCUCACACGUGGCCAGCUUCCUGGCCGCCUUCCUCUUCGCACUGGAGACGCAGACGUCCAUCGGCUACGGCGUGCGCAGCGUCACCGAGGAGUGCCCGGCCGCUGUGGCCGCCGUGGUGCUGCAGUGCAUUGCUGGCUGCGUGCUCGACGCCUUCGUCGUGGGUGCUGUCAUGGCCAAGAUGGCGAAACCCAAGAAGCGCAACGAGACGCUGGUCUUCAGCGAGAACGCAGUCGUGGCGCUGCGCGACCACCGCCUCUGCCUCAUGUGGCGCGUCGGCAACCUGCGCCGCAGCCACCUGGUCGAGGCCCACGUGCGUGCCCAGCUGCUGCAGCCCCGUGUGACCCCAGAGGGUGAGUACAUCCCGCUGGACCACCAGGAUGUGGAUGUGGGCUUUGAUGGAGGCACCGAUCGUAUCUUCCUCGUGUCCCCCAUCACCAUCGUCCAUGAGAUCGACUCUGCCAGUCCUCUGUAUGAGCUAGGACGUGCUGAGCUGGCCAGGGCUGACUUCGAGCUGGUGGUCAUUCUCGAGGGGAUGGUUGAGGCCACAGCCAUGACCACACAGUGUCGCUCAUCCUACCUUCCUGGUGAACUGCUCUGGGGCCAUCGUUUUGAGCCAGUUCUCUUCCAGCGUGGCUCCCAGUAUGAGGUCGACUAUCGCCACUUCCAUCGCACUUACGAGGUCCCAGGGACACCGGUCUGCAGUGCUAAGGAGCUGGAUGAACGGGCAGAGCAGGCUUCCCACAGCCUCAAGUCUAGUUUCCCCGGCUCUCUGACUGCAUUUUGUUAUGAGAAUGAACUUGCUCUGAGCUGCUGCCAGGAGGAAGAUGAAGACGAUGAGGACGAGGAAGAGAAUGGGGUGGAAACAGAAGAUGGGGCUGUUAGCCCCCGAGUUCUCACACCAACCCUGGCGCUGACCCUGCCUCCAUGAUGCAAGCUGAUGUCCCCUUCCCCAUGUAUGCCCCCUUCCCUGAGGUAGCAAGAUGGAGAGAUCGGGCUCUCUCCUGGGAUGGGGGCAGGUGUUCCCGAAUACCGACAGGCCUGCUGGGUAAAUGACUAGGUGGUAAGGUUCUGCCAUGCCUGGUGACCCACCAUGGACAUACUGGACCUUAAUUCCUCUGCUUCUGUGCUCCCUCCUGAGACCCCUUUAUGAGCCUGAUUCCUGAGUCUCACCAGAAUUCUGGAUCACCCAAGAGGAAAAGACUGGUGGUUCUAGAUUCCUUUAUAUGGGGAGACUUGGAUUGUUGACCAGGGUGAGAAACCAAUGGUACAGACUGCCUUUGGGGAAGCAAGUUGGCAGUUCUUGAACAGCAUCAGAUAUCAAGAGUUUGUAGGUCUGGAUUCACCUAAGAUUCAAAGGAGUGUUGCUUCUCAACUCAGCCAACUGAAUAGCAAAGCAUUUGUUCUAGACCACCUAAGGAGGGAAGGUUAUGGAAUGCCCCAAGUAUUCAAGAUCAUCUUGAUUGACCAAAGACAAAAAAAAAAAAAAAAAAAAAAAAAAAAAAAAAAAAAAAAAAAGACCUGUGGUUCCAUAAAGCUCAUUAGUUGAGAUUCUGUGAGUCUAGGUUGACCACAGAGGCAAGCACUGGUGAUUCUAGGACAGGUUUUACCUGGAGAGUUGAACUACUCCAGAAACUAAAGAGUAAUGUUUCUAGAAUGCACAAAACAUUGUUAGUCUGUGGGUUUAGAAAGACUGAAGUGACAGAUUAAGAGUCCUUGAUAUUAGAUAACUCCAACUUCUGGCUGUAGAGCACCCAGCCAGGAGAAUAAGCAACGCUUUGAAAGGAUCCACGGGGUGGGUUGUUGUUUUUU